GCUCCAUUUUUCCUCCCUCCCUCCUCUUCUGCAGUCUGCACUCCCACCAGUCGUCCCCCUCCUCCUCCUUCCUUCUUCCUCCUUCCUUCUUCCGUCUUCUUCACGUCGCUGCUUCCCGCUUCGAUCUUAUCGCCAGUCGAUCGGCGGUUUCGAGCAUGCCGCGCUCCGCGGUGGUGGCGAUUUGAUCGGUUCGCGCGGCGGCCGCAGCGGCGGCGCGGUGGCUUGCGGAGGGAAGCGGUUCGGUUCGGUUCGGUGUUCUUUUUGGCUUGUAUGAGCAUCGAGUCGGCACUGAUCGGGAAUAAUUCUAUUAUGCAAUUCAGAGUUCCGUGGCCAAAUUGUAAAUGUCAUUCUUGGCUUUAAGGACAUCUACAGGAUUUUGUGAUUGAGAUAGUUAUGGUUGAGCCAGAAUCAGAUGCCUGUCAGUGGGGUCGCCAUAUAUUUGAUAUUAAUCCACUCGUGGGAUACUACACCAUCACAAGUCAUCACGAUGCUAACAGCACCUAUCAUGGACAGUAUCCGAUGAGCCACUGUGGCGGAGAGUGUAGCUCUGUGGAAAAUGAUGAGAUCAUUGCACGUACCUUACAAGAAGAGUUCUCACAAUUAGCAGUGAGAGAAGUGCCUGUAUAUUCACAUGCAGAGGAAGAGGACUCGAAAGUAUCUAUCGACCAACAGAAUUGGCAGACUCCAUCACCGAGAAUGUAUUGGUCAGGGAAUAUUUAUAAUCAUGGAGAAGCAGAUCAUGGGUGGGUUUAUGAUUCGUCUAUUAGCCACGGUGAUGGAGAAGACUAUUCUUAUUCUCAGCAGCCAGUUGAUGGUUAUGAGUACAGUGAGAUGGACAAUCCAUUGAAUCAAAUGGUUCCUAUUCCACAUGUUCCAAGAAUCAAUGGGGAGAUACCUUCCACGGACGAAGCGACUUCAGAUUAUGAGAGGUUGCGUGAAAGAUUGCAAUUGUAUGGCUUGGUUGAGCGUAAGGUAGAAGGGGAUGGAAAUUGUCAGUUCCGUGCAUUAUCAGAUCAAUUAUUUAAAACAUCUGAGAAUCAUGAAUACGUGAGGCAACAAAUUGUGGAACAGCUCAGGACGCUACGAGAGCUUUAUGAGGGAUAUGUUCCUAUGGACUAUGAUGAAUACUUGUGCAAGAUGUCCAACAAUGGGGAGUGGGGUGAUCAUGUCACUUUGCAGGCUGCUGCAGAUGCGUUUGCAGUAAAAAUAUUCGUGAUAACUUCAUUCAAGGAUACAUGUUCCAUUGAGAUUCUUCCUAAUGGUCAGAAACCAAACCAAGUCCUAUCCCUAAGCUUCUGGGCAGAGGUGCAUUACAACUCAAUUUACCCUCAAGAUUCAGAUAUUCCCGCCUCGCAUUGUGGGAAGAAGAAGAAAUGGUGGUCUUCUUUAUGGGCAUGAGGAUCAGCCAGAGUUGGCCUGCAUGAGGCAUAUUCCCCAUUAAUACAGCUGAAAAUUGCUUCUCAAGAGUUUUUGUUUAAUUGGUGUAAAGCUCACUAACUUUAUAUCUUUCUCUAUUGUAAACCCAUAACUUCAGUAUGGUAUGUUCUGCCUGAUUGGCAUGCAUUUUUCUCAUUUUGCAUGCCGAUGGCAUUCAUAUCUAAUGUGGGACGAAUUCAACCAAAUAUGUAUAUUGUUCCAACAUUCUGGAAGAAUAAGAUAUUCCGAAUUGGGAGAUUUUUU